UCGGUCACCGCGUUGCUGGGCUGUGAGGAGGAGGUGGAACUGGCAGCUGGGAGGAGGCUCUAGGGAGGCCGGAAAGACGGCACAACCCCGCUAGGGGAGGGCGUUCAGGGCGGCGGGGAAGCGGGUUGGAUAUGCUGCUGGGAACGUGACCGCUCCGGGGACCGAGGUAGGACCUGGCUGGCCCCCAUCGAGGAACCUCGUCCUGGUUGGGCCUAAUUUCCUGCAGCCUCUGGCCCCCACCAGAGUCUCUCUUCCGUGCGGGCGCCCUGGACUCUGGCCGGGAGAUGGCCUCCCCGAGCCCCCCGGUGGAGCCAAAGAUCGCCCACCAGCGCUCCAGUACAUUCCAGAGCGACUCGAUAAAUCGGCUGGGGAAAAUUAGCAACGCUCCAAGCUAGCUCUCAUUUGUGAGCUUCUCCAGAGGACAAGGAUCGAACCCAGUUAACCUCUAGUCUGAGAUGCCCAUCUCUUACAGUCAGUUCCCAGAAUCGGGCAUCUUUUGGCACUCUUAGUUACCACAUUUCUUCUAGCCUACUGGGCCAUGGAGGAGUGGGAGUAUCUGGACCCAGCUCAGAGAAGCCUGUAUAAAGAUGUCAUGGUGGAGAAUUAUGGAAACCUGGUCUCACUGGAUGUUUUGAACAGAGAUAAGCAUGAGGAGCCAAUUGUGAAACAAGAAAUUGAAGAAAUUGAGGAAGAUGUGGAACCACAAGGUGUAAUAGUUACAAGAAUAAAAAGUGAAAUUGAGCAAGAUCCCAUGGGCCAAGAAACCUUUGAACUUGUAGGUAGAUUAGAUAAACAGAGAGGGAUCUUCUUAUGGGAAAUACCACGGGAAUCUUUGACCCAGGAACAGAAAAUAUUCAGAGAAAACACUAAUAUUAUCCGUAAGAGACCAAACUCAGAAGAGAAAUGCCAUAAAUGUGAAGAAUGUGGAAAGGGUUUUGUCCGCAAGGCCCAUUUCAUUCAACAUCAAAGGGUCCAUACUGGUGAGAAACCUUUUCAGUGCAACGAAUGCGGGAAAAGUUUUAGUCGAAGCUCAUUUGUUAUUGAACAUCAGAGAAUUCACACUGGGGAAAGGCCCUAUGAGUGUAAUUACUGUGGAAAAACCUUUAGUGUGAGCUCAACCCUUAUUAGACAUCAGAGAAUCCACACUGGAGAGAGACCCUAUCAGUGUAAUCAGUGUAAACAGAGCUUCAGCCAGAGAAGGAGCCUUGUUAAACAUCAAAGAAUUCACACAGGUGAGAAACCCCACAAAUGUAGUGACUGUGGGAAAGCCUUCAGUUGGAAGUCACACCUGAUUGAGCAUCAAAGAACUCACACUGGUGAAAAGCCUUAUCACUGUACCAAAUGUAAGAAAAGCUUUAGUCGAAAUUCAUUGCUUGUUGAGCAUCAGAGAAUUCAUACUGGGGAAAGACCCCAUAAGUGUGGUGAAUGUGGGAAAGCCUUUAGACUAAGUACAUACCUUAUUCAACACCAAAAAAUUCACACUGGUGAGAAGCCUUUUCUUUGUAUCGAAUGUGGAAAAAGCUUCAGUCGGAGCUCCUUUCUUAUUGAACAUCAGAGGAUCCAUACUGGUGAACGACCUUAUCAGUGCAAAGAAUGUGGGAAAAGUUUCAGUCAACUUUGCAACCUUACUCGUCAUCAGCGAAUUCACACAGGAGACAAACCUCAUAAAUGUGAGGAAUGUGGAAAAGCCUUUAGUAGAAGCUCAGGUCUAAUUCAGCAUCAGAGAAUUCACACUAGGGAAAAGACUUACCCAUACAGUGAAACUAAGGAAAGUUUUGAUCCAAAUUGCAGUCUUAUUAUACAACAAGAGGUUUAUCCUAAGGAAAAAUCUUACAAAUGUGAUGAAUGUGGGAAAACAUUUAGUGUUAGUGCUCAUCUUGUACAACAUCAAAGAAUCCACACUGGUGAAAAACCCUACCUGUGCACUGUUUGUGGGAAAAGCUUCAGUCGGAGCUCAUUUCUUAUUGAACAUCAGAGAAUCCACACUGGCGAAAGACCUUAUCUGUGCAGACAGUGUGGCAAAAGCUUCAGUCAGCUUUGUAAUCUUAUUCGACAUCAGGGUGUUCACACAGGUAAUAAGCCCCAUAAAUGUGAAGAAUGUGGGAAGGCCUUUAGUCGGAACUCGGGUCUUAUUCAACAUCAGAGAAUACAUACAGGGGAGAAACCAUAUAAAUGUGAGAAGUGUGACAAAAGUUUCAGUCAGCAGCGCAGCCUUGUCAAUCAUCAGAAGAUCCAUGCAGAGAUGAAAACUCAAGAAACCCAUGAAUGUGAUGCUUGUGGUGAAGCCUUUACCUGCCGCAUUUCUCUAAUGCAGCAUCAAAAAUUACAUACUGCAUGGAUGCAGCAAAUGUAGAGAAAUAAAUAGUUUUGAUUAAAUUUGAGACUAGCUACCCAAGUGCAGUUUCAGUAUGGCUCAGUGUGGGUCAGAUUUAGUAAUAAAGCAAAUUCUCCUUGGCCCUCAGGCAAGAUCCUCUUAGUAACUGUCUGUGGGCAAAUGAGUUCCAGUUGCUCUUUGCUUUCAUAAUCAUGGAGAAAGAUUAAGCAUCUUUCUUUAACAGAUCAUUCAGCAGAGAAGUUGAACCUAGGUACAGAGCAUUUGGGAGGGUGUCCUGAAGGAGAGAGUUGAGUCAAGGUGGAGGAUCUUGUAAGCUGUUGGAAAACUAAGAAUAAUGACUUAAAAGAGUUCUCAAGUACCAUCUCAUAUGACAAUUCCUCAGUUGCACUAGAAUGUUUAGCUAUUCAUAGCUAAUCCAAGUGAUUAAGCAUAGGCAUAUGUAUAUUGUCAAACAAAGCACAGAUGUUUUGAAACCAAUAUACAAAGCUUUUGGUUCUUCAGUUGUUUGGCAUGUGGGUUAAUGAAAGGUGAUCCCCAUACCUUGUUUCCAGAUCAGUGAACUGAGUGCAUCAUUUAUUUCACAUGUUAAUAUGAUAAGAAACCUACAAAGACGUUAUCAAGGAAUCUUUGGGAGUGCCUUUCCCUCAUAAUCCCCCCCAAAAAACUGGGGAAAUGUACUGUUCUUUUUGUCCUCCCAUCUGUGAAAAAUGUAAUACUCUAUGAAUAAGCUUAUUCAUUCACACCAGGAGCAUGUGAAAUUGUACAUAUUUUGAAUACCAAGAAUUGGAAAUACAAAGACAUGAAGCUUAUACUAGAAAGCUGAGAUAUUUUGGUAUUGCUUCAGAUUUUUUGGUAGAUUUUUGCAUGCUGUUUUGAAAUCCUGGUUCUAGGGCUUCCCUCAAUGGUUGUUAUAAACCUAUUAAUUCAUGUGUUUUAAUCAUUAAAAUCUGUUUUAGUUUUUGUUCUG